AUGCCUGGUGAUAAUACUCUUAUUCGUUUUGUUCCAGCCCCAGCUGAAUCACAGAGGCUUUAUUUACUAGAAAAUAUGGCUUCGUACAGACUGUUGGAUCAAAUGGGAGAGAAAAGGCCUUCAGUGGUAAUGGCGAUUGGAGGGAAGGAAAAAAAACGAUUUCUUUCAAACUUUUUCAUGGACUAUUCUAUGGUAAAUUAUAGCCUGGCGCUGGCGCGGUGGCCCAGUCAAAGUAGCAGGCUACUGCUUGACUGCGAGCUGCAACUAUCGCCAAAAGAAGAGACUCCCCAAACAAUUGAAGGGUGCCAAUAUAAUCAGUGGAUCCACCAUCCACUGAAGGGUGUGUCGCAUGACGUUGAAGUCGCCUCACUUGGACUCUAUAAAGUUAUAUCAUCAUCUCUCUGUGACAUAACUCUUAUAUUCGUCUCAGAUAUUGGAAGCAUGAAAAAGGUUGUCCAUCUUCUGAGUCGUUGGGCGCUCAGUGCGAUGGCUGAGGAAGAUAUUAUUCAAACUAAGAUCUUCUUAAUAUUGGAUGAGGCAGAAUUAUACAGUGCGGAUGCCCUAUGGUUCGAACUUACCACCAGUAUACUAUCUGAGAUGCGCAGUUCAGAGCCACUCAUGGCUCGUACGUUUGCAGAGAUCAAACAGUUGAGUCACCGAUGUUUCAGAAUAAGCUUCUUAACUCAAGAAGAACUAUGCAACUGCUUCUGCUUUGAUGCAUCAGCUACCGCUACUCACCGAAAAAACCUCGGAUUAGAAUUUUCUGCCACCCAAUGGAAGUUUUUAUUUCGGUCAGCAAUUGCGCAGUAUGCGGCGCAGCCAUUCUUUCCAUUUAAUAUAAUCGCAGCUACUAGGAUAUUACACCCAUUGCCCACAAAACUAGUUGAUCAUAUUACAGGUUUUGUACAAGCCUGCAGCCAUCAAGGCAUAGACAGCAUUAGAGUGAUAGCGUCUGCUCUUGUAUUAGAUGCAUUCCCUUCCAAUAUGCCGGGUUAG